AUGGAGGAUAGUUGCAAGCCAGUGGUGCACCCACAACGCAGGCGGAACCCGAACAUGAAGGAAGUGGUUAAAAAGGAGGUGGUUCCCAAUAAGGAAGGUAUGAUUGUGGUUAAAAAUGAGAAGGACGAGCUUAUACCGACUAGUACAGUAACGACUUUCAAGCUUUUGAGUUGUGUUAUGGUUUCAUCUAAUUGGGAGCUACCAUUUGAGGUUAUGUGCGAUCCUAGUGAUUUUGUAGUUAGAGCUAUUUUAGGACAGAGCAGAGAUAAGUGGUACCAACCAAUCUACUAUGCUAGCAAAACAUUGCCUAAUGCCUUGGAGCACUACACCACCACUGAAAAGGAGCUUCUAGCUGUUGUUUUUGCAUUUGACAUGUUCAAAUUAUAUUUGGAGUUCAAUAUUGAGAUCAAAGAUAAGAAAGGUGCUCAGAACUUGGCAGCAGACUACCUUUCUAGGCUAGAUAACCGUAAAAAUAGACAGUGGCAGCUUAAUGAGUUGGAUGAGUGCUGUAAUCAAGCAUAUGGAAACUCCUUAAUUUACAAGGAGCAUACCAAGAAGUGGCAUGACAAGAGGCUAAGGAGCACCAAGAAGUUCCCAGUUGGGAAUAAUGUGUUAUUGUAUACCUCAGGACUCCGACUCUUUCCUAGGAAGCUAAAGAGCUUCGAGUUGCACCAUCUAGAGAAGGGAAACUUCAAGGUCAAUGGGCAUAGGUUGAAGCAUUACUAUGGUACUAUGGCUGGUCAGCAAGAGAGACCCCGGAAGAGGGGUGUCUUCAAAAGAAGGCAUUCAGACGAGCCCUCUGACCCUAGAGCUCCAGCUCCGCCAGAGACCUCUAGACCUGUGAGACCACCUCCGCCUGUGUAG